GGAGCCAGCGCCGCCAUGCUACCGCUUUCCUACGCGCCGCCGCACCCGCACCCGCGGCUGAACCCCUGCCCUAGCCACAAGCCCAAGCCGCAGUCCCCCCGCGCGCUCCCUUUCCCCGACGCCCUCCGCGCGGCGGCGGCGGCGGCCGCCAUCUCCCUCUCCCUCCUCGCCGGCAACGCCGCGGGCGCACCGUCGGCGCGGGCGGCGGAGCAGCCCCCGGAGGAGAUAUGCCGUGGCGAGGACGGCGGGCGGGGCGCAGAGGUGAAGGCCGAGGCGGUGACCAACGAGCAGCUCGUCGAGGAGGCCUGGGAGGUGGUCAACGAGGGCUUCCUCCCCGACGCUGGCAGCCGCCCCUGGUCGCCGGAGCUGUGGAUGCAACGCAAGCAGGAUAUUCUCCAAGGCUCAGUCAAAUCCCGCUCUAGAAGCCAUGAGAUCAUCACGAAAAUGCUAGCUAGCCUGGGCGAUCCAUAUACAAGAUUUCUAUCGCCCUCAGAUUUCUCGAAAAUGUCGAAAUAUGACAUGACGGGGAUUGGGUUGAACUUAAGAGAGAUUCCUGAUGACAAUGGCUCUUUAAGGUUGAUGGUAUUAGGACUGAUACUAGAUGGGCCUGCUCACUCUGCUGGUGUUAGACAGGGUGAUGAGCUUUUGUCGGUCAAUGGUAUUGAUGUACGAGGUAAAUCUGCAUUCGACGUGUCAUCCAUGCUGCAAGGCCCAAAGGAAACAUUUGUUACUAUUAAGGUUAAGCACGACAACUGUGGUCCUGUUGAGUCAAUGAAGGUGCAAAGACAAAUGGCUGCUCGCACUCCAAUUUUCUAUCGUUUGGAGAAAAGAGAUAACGAUAAUUCAUCUGUCGGAUAUAUUCGCAUUAAAGAGUUCAAUGCAGUGGCCAAAAAAGAUUUGGUCAGUGCACUGAAACGUCUACAGAAUUCAGGCGCCUCCUAUUUUGUUUUGGAUCUGAGGGACAAUCUUGGUGGACUAGUGCAAGCUGGGAUAGAGAUUGCAAAGCUCUUCUUGAACAAAGGAGACACGGUCAUUUAUACUACUGGCCGAGAUCGUCAAGUACAAAAUACAAUUGUUACUGACAGUGGACCUUUGGUUACAACUCCUGUGAUGGUACUGGUAAAUAAUAGGACGGCAAGUGCCAGUGAAAUAGUUGCUUCAGCUCUUCAUGACAAUUGCAAAGCUGUUCUUGUCGGUGAAAGGACUUAUGGCAAGGGUUUAAUCCAGUCGGUGUUUGAGCUUCAUGACGGUUCUGGUAUCGUCGUCACAGUUGGCAAAUAUGUGACGCCAGAUCACAAAGACAUCAAUGGAGAUGGAAUAGAACCAGACUACCGCCGUCUUCCUGAUCUCAGUGAAGCCAGGGAUUACCUUUUGCGUUGCCAAAGCAAGAAAUUAAGCUGAGUCAAGGAACACCUGUGAAUUACGGAACAGAGCGCUAUGCCUAGGAGUAUUGCGUAAUGGAGAACUCCGUG